AUGAAAUUUUUUAAUGAUCUCAAAUGGAAGUUUGAUGAAAAAGGGUUAGAAGAGAAAUAUUAGAUAGAUAAAGCAAAUGAAAUCAAAAAGCCAGUCUUUUAAUUUAUACUUUUGCUUUCUUUCUGUUCCAAUGUUACAGUAUUAGCACUACACUUUUUUUUUACACCUAUAGAAACUUGGUAUAUAAAUGCUAUAUUAACUGCCCUUACAAUAAUUUAAGUUAUAAUUAUACUUAUAUUUAAACAGCUUCAAUAUAUAUAAAUUGGAUUAACAUUUAGCAGUAUUACUAUAGGAAUUUUAUAACUUAAUGUUGACCCUUUAAAUACUACUUAGAGUGAAUUUUAUGUAUAUGGCUGUAUAUUUAUGUAAUUUCAAGCAGUGUUAUUUAUGAUUUCCAAUUUAAAUCAUGCUUUUUUUUAAGUAAUUUGUAGCUUGGCUAUAAGAACAUCAAUUACUUCAAUAUAUUCAAAUAGACCAGAUUAUUUAUCUAUAUUUGUAGGUGCUUUUGGAUGUAUAUUAAUUCUAAUAGCAAUAUAUGUAAAUGAUAAAAAUUCUAGAAGAUAUUUUAUAUAAAAUUUGAAAGAGAACAAUCUAAGAAGAUUAGGAAAAUUUUUAUUAAGCAAACCAUAUAUUAAAAUAUAAUUUAUUGAAGAUUAAUAGAUUUUUUAAUUGCUAAGUUAAAGUAGAAUUAACAAGUUUCCAGGAUAUAAUUCAGAAUUAUGUUAUGGUUGUAAUUCAAGAAAUAUUUUAAGAAAUUACAAAUCUGAUAUUGGAAGAUUAGAAUAGAUUUUAUUAAAUUAGCCAUAAUUAAUUAAAUUUGGCAGUGUUUUAAUAGUAAAGUGUGAAAAAGUUAGAUUUAUAAUAAAAGUUUGUGCUAUAGAUCCAUAAUAGCGCUAGUAUUUAAUUAUUUUUUAAGAAUAUAUAUAGACAAUUGUAAAGGUUUUAGAAUAAGAAAAAGAAUAAAUAAAAUUAAAAGAUUUCUUAAAAUAAAAUCAAGGGUUUUAUCAUUAAAAAGUAUUUAAUUUAGGGGCAUUUAGUGUAUUAUUUUUAAAUAAAUAAGUUCUUAAGAGAAUCGAGUUCAAAUAACUAUUAUAAAAAAUUAUAAGAAUAUAUUAAAGUAAAUUUUUCCCAAAUAUUGAAAUCGAAAUAUAAGUUAAAGAUACUUAACUAUAUAUUUGUUAAUAUUUACAUUAAUUAAGAAUCUUCUUAAUUUAAAUCGUUGAAAUUAUAUCAGAAAUCACUUUAAAAGAUAAAGAGAAAGUUCUCAUUUAUAUUAAUCAAAAUCUCAAUAAUAUUGAAAUGAAGUUAGAAGGAUUGAAUUAAUAACUAUUUGAAUAAUAAUACAAUUAAAAUUAUUUUAUAAGAAAGAUUUAAAGUGUAUUAUUGGAUGAUUGCUAAUUUAAUGAAAAUGAUUCAACAUUUUUAUUCAUAAAUUAUCCAUUGGGGACAUUCUAUUAAAAAAAUAAGUGA